ACAAUCACAUUGUUUUGCUUUGUAACUCACUCUUUUCUUCUCUUUCUCUUCUCUCUAUAAAAAUGUCUCUGAUCCAAGAUUAGCAGCCAGGUAAAGGACUCGGGUCCUCCUAGCUCAAUAGCUGGUAUAGAAAGAUUUAGAAAACAAACAUGGGGAUUCAGGGGCUUUUACCACUGUUGAAAUCGAUAAUGGUACCAACCCACAUCAAGGAAUUGCAAGGUUGUUCUGUUGCGGUCGAUACCUAUUCUUGGCUCCACAAGGGUGCCUUGUCUUGCAGCAGAGACCUCUGCAAGGGCCUACCCACCACCAGGCACAUUGAAUAUUGCAUGCAUAGAGUGAAUCUGCUCCGGCAUAAUGGUGUUAAACCUAUUCUGGUAUUCGAUGGGGGUCUUUUGCCAAUGAAGGGUGAACAAGAGAACAAGCGUGGCAGGGUGAGGAAGGAAAAUCUUUCACGUGCUAUUGAGCAUGAGUCACAAGGAAAUUCUGCUGCUGCUUACGAGUGCUACCAGAAAGCCGUUGACAUCUCACCUUUGAUUGCAUGUGAACUAAUCCAGGUGUUAAAGCAGGAGAACGUUUCUUACGUCGUGGCUCCUUAUGAGGCAGAUGCCCAAAUGACCUUCUUGGCAGUCAGCAAGCAGGUUGAAGCCGUUAUCACUGAAGACUCGGAUCUUAUACCAUUCGGCUGUCCCAGAAUUAUCUUCAAGAUGGACAAGUUUGGUCAAGGUGUUGAGUUUCAACAUUCCAUGCUACAACAGAACAAGGAGAUCAGUUUUGCAGGGUUCACAAAGCAAAUGCUUCUUGAGAUGUGUAUUCUGAGUGGAUGUGACUACUUGCAGUCAUUGCCAGGAAUGGGCCUGAAAAGGGCUUAUGCAUUAAUUAAAAAGUUCAAAAGUUACGACAAAGUAAUUAAGCACUUGAGGUACAGCACUGUUUCUAUCCCUCCAUCCUAUGAAGAAUCGUUCAGGAAAGCAAUAUUAACUUUCCAGCAUCAACGGGUUUAUGAUCCUAUCAAUGAAGAUAUUGUACAUUUAUCUGACAUAUCUGAUAAUAUUGGAGAUGAUUUGGACUUCCUUGGCCCAUUGAUAUCACAACAGACAGCGAAAGGCAUAGCAAAGGGUGAUCUUGACCCAUUUACAAAAAUGCCAUUUCAGGUAGAGAAUGUUAGUUCUGACCUGGUACUUGACAGAACUCCCCAACUCAAACAAUUUAAUCCAGAUAGUUUAAGGAAGAAGAUAGAAUUGCCAGUUCAGAAGAAUCUCUUGACUAAGUAUUUCUGCUUUGCAUCCCUUGAAGCAAAGAGAAAAUUCAGGGCCCCUCGGAUGUCACCUAAUCAUCCAAUUCCAGAGGAUCACUCUUCUCUCAGUCCCAAGGAAUACAUCAAUGUGGAGGCUGCUGAAUGUAAAAUGAACUGCUUGCCAGCAUCCCUGCUUGAGUCCAAAAGCACUGGCACUGUCCCUCUUGCUAACAACCCUGUGGAAGAUGAUUUGGCCUAUGAAAUUCCAGAGUUUCCUGCUGGGGAAAGAAGUCCAGAACAUACUCUAGUGCAACAACCCCAGUAUUCCAUUCAUAAACCUUGUACAGCAAUGCAUAAGGAGCGUGAAUGUAAGACCAUUCCACAUCCGGCUGAGGGAACAGAGACAGGAAAUGUUGUAGGAAGGAGUUCUUACUUUCUACUCAAGUCAGAAAACCAGAAGGACCUGACCAAUAACCAAGAAAAGGUAAAGGCUAAUGGCUUCAGUAAUGAAUAUGAGAAUACUGUACCACAUCCAGCUGAGGGCAAAACAAGAACAGAAACUGGAAAGGUUGUAGUAAAGAGCUCUUACUUUCAACAAAAGUCAGAAAACCAGAAGGACCCAAACAAUAACCAAGAAAAGGUUAAGGCUAAUGGCAUCAGUAAUGUAUAUGAGAAUACCAUACCUGAGAAUGAUUCUUUUAGAGAUAACCAUCUUAAGGACAAAGUCCUGAAAAGGAAGAUCUCCCCAAAUGACUGCGUUGAAAAAGAAAAUGUGCAAUCCAAGCUUAAGCAUGUAGAUUCAGCUCUUCCUGAUACUGGUUACUGUGCCUCUAAUUUCGACAGAACAUCUAUAGAGACUGAAGCUACAGAAGAAAAAUUUGGAUCCAACAUUUCCCAUUUAAGCCAUUAUUCUGAAAUAUCAGAGAAAUCAAUGGAAAAAUUUGUUUCAGUAAUAACAUCAUUCAGAUGCUCCUCAUCUGGUUCUCGUGCCAGUGGUCUCCGUGCUCCUCUGAAAGAUGUCCAGAAUAGUUGUACAACUAGGCCGACCAUUGCCGUGGACUUCAGCCAAUUUGCAUAUGUACCAAAUAAGCAGAGGAAGACUGCCUUAGCAUCUCGCAGAGGCUGAAUUUGUAUUUAAUCAUAAUUGUUUUUGGCUGAUAUCCAAAUGAUCCAUCUCAGUUGCAACAGGGCUCGCUUGCCUCAAGGACUUGUUUUUUGGUUACUGGAGGCCUUUGGUUAGACUGCCACCUGCCUUAUUGAUGUGUUUGCGUGGUUUUUAACAGAUUUCUGAAAGUUUAGAAAUCAUUAUUAGAUGUUCUUGUGCUUUGAUCUAUGCAAAGCUCUUCCGCAUUGAAGCAAAUACUAGAUGGGCAGUUUUCUUGCAGUUGUAAUUGCUCACCUUUUGCUUUAAUGUAUUCAUAUGUAAAGGAUUCAAAUUUGUUCAAUGUUGUGUUACAUUCUAUAGAUCA